AUGGCCGAGACCACGGACCUUACCAAAGACGUGCGAGUGCGCAACGUGAGUCUACACAGCCGCGGGAAGACGGAGAAUGGAACCUUGUACAUUACUCGACAUCACCUCAUCUUCAGCUAUCUUCCAAAUACAGCACCGGAUGCUUCUGCUAGAUUGUCCACCACUAGCGCUAGAGCCGCUUCCGGCRGACCUUCACUCGCCGAGCGCGAUGUAAUGUCAACAGACCCGACCGCGAAGAAGGCUCAAGAUGGCGCUCCUGCUACUGCGGAAGGCAAUUCUGGUGACCAGCGAUUUAGUAGUUCCAGCGACCCGAUACCCAAGCAACCCAAAUCCAAGCAGAAAUUAAGGCCCAAGGAGAUAUGGCUACCAUAUCCAAUCAUCAACUACUGCAUGUUGCGUCCGAGCCAUGCUCAAGGACGGACACCUGACACCAACAAUCACGAGGAUUCCACGGAUGAUGAUGCUGAGGACUCGGCAUUCCCGCCUGUGUACGGCACCAACACAUAUGCACGGCCAUCUACAGAUUCCUCCCGCCUGGCGCCAUCCUUUUCCCCUCAAAGAUCCAUGUCGCCGGGUCCAGGCAAUACAACAAACGUUGGCUUGGUAAGUGAAACCGGCAAGGCUCCCGCUUUGAGGAUACGGCGAAGGGACUUUCAGAUGAUGGCAUUUCAUUUCCACACUUCCUCUUCAUCAGAUAAAUCACCAGACGACACCGCGAGGGAUGUCUUCUAUCGUCUGCGGAAUCGGUGCUGCGUAAAUACGGUCCAAGACCUGCAUGCCUUCCACUUCAAAGCGCCGCAGGAAGAGGUCGCCACUGGAGGCCUCGCAUACGAUGCUCGCCGGGAAUUUGCUCGCAUGGGGAUCGGAGGCAAGAAUGCAGAGGGACCGGGCAGUGCGUGGCGCAUAACCGACAUCAAUCGAGAUUAUGCAUACUCGGCGACAUACCCAAGCGUGCUCUGCGUGCCACGAGCAGUCACCGACAACAUCUUGAAGUAUGGCAGUGUCUUCCGUUCCAAGGCGAGAAUCCCAUCCCUCACRUAUCUUCACUCGAAUGGUGGCAGUAUAACUCGCUCAUCACAGCCAAUGGUAGGCGUGCAAGCAAAACGCAAUCCACAAGACGAGCGCCUUGUUUCGGAGAUAUUCUGUAGUCACACUCCGCAGCUUUUAUCGCCUGCCGAAGCCUUGGCGCAGUCUCCUACUCUGAUCCCGCUAUCAACACCUUCUUAUGAUAGUAUUUCCGAAGCUAUUGUUCCCGAUCACGAGAUUGCUGGACUUGCGCUCGCUUCCGGCGAGGAUGGCGUUGCUCCACAAGACACAGAGGCAACCAGUUCCCCUCGACCACGCAUCUACGGCAGUACUCGACGUAGCUUGAUUGUCGAUGCUCGUCCAAAGAUCAAUGCUCUCGCCAAUCGAGCGACGGGUGGUGGUAUCGAGGACGUUUCCAACUACGCGGGUAAUACCGGCGUGGUUGUCGAGCGCAUCUUUCUCAACAUUGCAAACAUCCACGUCAUGCGACAAGCGUUGGAGAGGGUUGUCGAGGCGUUUGCAAACUCGGACUACCUCGACUUGAAACCCAAUCAAGACCUACUACGCAAGUCCGGCUGGCUUGGACACAUUUCUGGGGUGCUUGACGGCGCUGAGAUGGUUGCAAGAGUAGUCGGACUCGGAGGCAGUCAUGUCCUGGUGCACUGCUCCGAUGGAUGGGAUCGCACAUCGCAGGUUGCCGCACUGGCAGAGAUCAUGCUCGACCCAUUCUAUCGCACUCUGCAAGGUUUCAUCACGCUUGUGCAAAAGGACUUUUUAUCCUUUGGCCACAAGUUCGCCCACCGGCACGGCAUUCAAGGCAGCGAGAAGUGGUUCGAGAUUGAGAAUGAGCGAGUUCUACCGACGAGAGGGAGGGAAGGAAGUUCUGGCGAAGGCACAUCGUCAUUCAAUGCUCUCGGCUCCAAAGCGCUCAGUGGGGCGAAGAACUGGUUCGACAAGGGUCGUGGAAGCAUCUUCCGCCAGCCCAAUGAUAAGAGCACCACCGAGGGCUCGACAUCUCGACCUCCUUCACCACCACCCCCCAACUCGCUGUUACAUGCACCUCCCACGACCAGCACCAAGUCGGACCAACACCACAAAGUCGACACCAAAGAGAUAGCACCCAUUUUCCAUCAAUUCCUCGACGCAGUCUWCCAGCUGCAACAUCACAAGCCCGAUUCGUUUGAAUUCAACGAGCGAUUCCUCGUCCGCCUCUUCUACCAAGCCCAUUCAGCCCAGUACGGCGAAUUCCUCUUCAACAGCGAGAAGGAACGCAGCGAGAAUGCCGAGCAGACGAAUUCCGUGUGGUCACAUUUCCUGAGCCGCAAAAAGGAAUUCAUCAAUCCCGACUACGAGGCCAAAGUGGAUGACCCACUCCUCUUCCCUCAUCGACAAUCUCCCGGCAAAGAACCCGAAGUCAUCUGGUGGAGCUCCUURUUUGGGCGCAAAGACGAGGACAUGCGAAUUCCCGCUCCUGUUCCUGAUCCGCCUUCGGUUCCGAGAGCUUCAAUAUUUGACUCUGUGCCGCAGUUUAGUAUUCCUCGGCAUGUGUCGAGUGAGACGGAUGUUGUUGCUGAUGACGAUAUCAAGAAGACUCCUGUGGCGCAGCGGCCGGUUUUGGAAGCGCGGGAUAAAACAGACGACGUGGAUGUUUCGGCGACACGAUAUGAUAUGAAUGGUGUGUCUAUCGUGGGGAAUUUCAAGGGUACGGAUGAUGCUGAGAGGGAGAUCAUCAAGGGUGGGGAGGGAGGGAAGGCUGCUGCUGAUGGUGAUGAUGAUGAUGAAGUUCGAGUUGUCGAACAAGGCAAGACACCUGGGGAUGUCGUCGAGGUCGAGCAAGGUGAUCCGCUGGGAGUGAGCGGUGGGAAGCAAGUCCCAGAGAAGACGACGGCGACGACUGGUUCGACUUCCGGGAGGUUGGAUGGUGCCGCUGCUGCUGCUUUUGCCAAGGGGAGCGCUUAUAGCGACAGAUAG